AUGCUACCACUGGGGCCCCUAAGCGCUCCUGGAGGCUGCCCUGGGGUACUCCAGUUGACCUGUUCGGUGACCCGACUUUGGACGACCGUGGAGACCUCCGUAAGCCUGGAAGAGUGCGGCUGCAUCACGAGCCAGCAGGAUGUGCGCACAGAGGCGCCCCUCAUCGACAGCAGAGAUGUCAGCCCGGUGGAGGCGCGGCGGCUGUUCACGGCGGAGGAGGUGUGCCUGGUGCUGCUCGUGCUGCUCCUCUGGGUGGCGGCCAUCGCGCUCUUCAUCAACCGCUGGGGCAAGAUCCGGAUGCUGGAGCCCUGUCUGCCGUAUAAGCUGGCAACACUCGGAGCAGAAACGCCAAUGACGGUGCAGAACUCGCGGAUGAACUCCACCGAGGAGGAGCCGGCCACGUCCCCGAGCUGCCGACGUCAGUUGUCCCUAAUGACCCCUGCCGGCACCCAGCUGUCGGCACCGCGCCGGGUCAAGUCGGCCGUCGAUCUCGUGUCGUUGGUGAUGGCUGAGCAGCUGGGGGCGGCCGCACGCGGCGGCGGCGGCGCCCCGGCGGCGCCCGGGGCGUGCGUGGUGCCCCCCGGCCCUCCGUGCGCCGCCCGGGCCAGUCAUCUGUGGCAGACGGCGGCGCGGCGCGGCGGCGAGUGCCAGAUUCAGGUGCCGGUCCAGGUCUCCGCCGACAGCUUCUGCUCGAGUCCCGGCAGCGAGCGAGCGCCCCCGACCAGCCGGGCCAGGAUGGUCCGGGGUCAGUGGGUGACCCGGUCCGGCUCCAGAAGUAUCUCCUCGCAGAAUAGCUCCAAAGGAGCCGAGACGACUGUAGUGUGA